UAAAAUAAUAGUCGCCUUGCAAAAUGCCUCUCUGCUUUUGACAAGGGAAUUCAUCAGUCACAAAAUAAGCAGAGCUGGCUUUGUAGGAAGGCACAGAGCCACUUUACAGAAAAUUUGACACGGGAGGAAGGUGAUACACUGAUAUAGGCGGAGGCUGGCUGGAGAGGAGGGGAGGAUGAGGGGACACCUGGACCCAGCAGAUCUGGAAACAAGAAAGGGCCUGGGUGCCUCCAAGGCUGGGAGUAGAAGGGAGCUUUGGGAAGAAUCCAUGCAGGAGAGCCUUGAAGAUGACGUCCUCCCAGCAGUUGCAGAGCACCAGCAAUUCAGGCAGUUCUGCUACCAGGAGGCUGAAGGGCCCAGAGAAGUUUGCAGUCAACUCCACCGCCUUUGUCACCAGUGGCUGAAGCCAGAAAGGCACAGCAAGAAGGAGAUCCUCGACUUGGUGGUCCUGGAGCAGUUCCUGGCCAUCCUGCCCCCGGAGAUGCAGAGCUGGGUCAGGGAAUGUGGGCCAGAGACCAGUUUCCAAGCUGUGGCCCUGGCAGAAGGCUUCCUCCUGAGCCAGGCAGAGGGCGAGAAUCGGGACCAGCAGAUGCCCGUACCGUUAGCCGAAGUGGCUACUUGCUUCCCAGAGGCAGACAGGGCUCCAGCAGACCCAAAGCCAAGGCUGCUGUUCUGGGUGAUCCCGCCGGACCCUGACCAAAGAGCUGUAUUUUGGGAUGGUGGAGCAAUGCUGGGGAUACAUUCCUUGCCAUCUUUUGGGGUUGCAGGGAAAGCAACUUCUGUCCAGCCGGAUCAGCAUCCAGUGGCCUUUGAGGAGGUGUCUGUGUAUUUCACCCAGGAGGAGUGGGCUAUGCUGGAUACGGACCAAAGAGCCUUGUACAUUGAAGUCAUGCUGGAGAUUUGUGGCAAUGUGGCUGCUCUAGGUGGUGGGUGGGAGACUAAAACAGAGGAAGAACCACUCCAGGUCUCAUUGCAAGGGACUGGAUUUACAAAAGGGAAACGGAGAAGAAAAACAGAACCAGAACAGAAGAGGGGGAAUAAACCCUCUGCUUCUCAGGGUGCUAAGUCCCAGGACAUCCCCCCAACUCAAGGAAAGAACACGUGCCCUGUGUGUGGGAAAACAUUCAUUUAUAAAUCCAUCUUUGAUACACACUGGAGAAUCCACACAGGGGAGAAACCGUUUAAGUGCUUGGAAUGUGGAAAGAGCUUCACUCAAAGCACCACCCUUACAUUACAUAAGAGAACACACACGGGGGAGAAACCAUACGUCUGCUUGAAAUGCGGAAAGAGGUUCAGCCGUAGCUCAACCCUUACAUCACAUAAAAGAAUCCAUACAGGAGAAAAACCAUACAAAUGUUUAGACUGUGGAAAGAGCUUCCGAUGGUAUACAUGCCUUACUUUGCAUCAAAGAAUCCAUUCACAUAUGUGCUCUGAAGGUGGAAAGAGUUUCAACUGGAGAUGCAACUUUACAUCCCAACCAAAAAUCCACCUGGGAGAAAAACCAUAUAAAUGUUCAGACUGUGGAAAGACUUUUAGAAAAAGAACGGAUUUGAAUUCCCAUCAAAGAAUUCACACAGGUGAGAAACCCUACAAAUGCUCAGAGUGUGAGAAGACUUUCAGAUGGAAUACUCAACUGAGUUUACAUCAAAGAACACACACAGGGGAGGAACCAUAUAAAUGCUCCCUGUGUGGAAAGAACUUCAGUCGGAGUACGCAUCUCAAUUCACACCAAAGACUCCACACAGGGGAGAAACCAUAUAAAUGUCCUGAGUGCGGAAAGAAAUUUAGCUGGAAUCGCAACCUUCUGUCCCAUCAAAAAAUUCACCUGGUAGAAAAACCAUAUAAAUGCUCAGAUUGCGAGAAGAGUUUUGGAAACAGAACAGAUCUUAAUUCCCACCAGAGGAUACACACAGGGGAGAAACCUUAUAAAUGCUCAGUGUGUGGAGAAACUUUCAGUUGGAGUACUCAGCUGUCUUCACAUCGAAGAAUGCACACAGGGGAGGAGCAGUACAAAUGCUCAGAAUGUGGGAAAAGUUUCAGUCGGAGCACAAGUCUUGCUUCCCAUCAAAGAAUCCACACAGGAGAGAAACCAUAUGAAUGCUUGCAGUGUGGGAAGAGCUUCAGUCGGAGCACCUAUCUUACUUCGCACCAAAGGAUUCACACCGGAGAGAAACCGUAUCAGUGCUCAGUGUGUGGAAGGAGCUUUAGUCAGAGCGCUCACCUUGCUUCCCAUCAACGAAUCCACACAGGAGAAAAGCCAUUUCAGUGCUCUGAGUGCGGCCGGAGCUUCAGUCAAAGAAGAAAUCUUGCAUCCCAUCAGAAGAUCCACACAGGGGACAAGCCGUAUCAAUGCCUGGAAGAGUGUGGGAAAAGCUUCAGCAACACCUCCAACCUCAUUGCUCAUGAGAGGAUCCACACAGGAGAGAAGCCGUACAAGUGCUCUGACUGUGGAAAGACCUUUGGGAAGAAAUCUACACUCAUUACCCACAAGAGAAUCCACACAGAGGAGAAACCAUACGAAUGUUUGGUCUGUGGGAGGAGCUUCAGCCAGACCUCCAGCCUCAUUGCACAUGAGAGAAUCCACACAGAAGAGAAGCCGUAUGAGUGUUCAGAAUGUGGGAAGAGCUUCAGUUUAAAAUCAAGCCUGGUUGCCCACAAGAGAAUCCACACAGGAGAGAAACCAUACAAAUGCUCUGACUGUGGGAGAAGCUUUAGCCAGAAAUCUGCCCUCAUUGCGCAUGUGAGAACCCACAGAGGUGAGAAACCCUAUACGUGCUCAGUAUGUGGGAAAAGCUUCAGCCAAAGCUCAAACCUUAUUGCCCAUGAAAGAAUUCACACAGGAGAGAAGCCGUACUUGUGCUCUGAUUGUGGGAGAAGCUUCAACUGCAGCUCCAGCCUUAUCAGACACCAGAGGAUUCACACCGAGGACAAACCCUAUGAGUGUUUGGACUGUCGGAAAAGCUUCAGCUGUAGUUCUAGCCUCAUUAGACAUCAGAGGACCCACACGGGAGAGAAGCCCUAUGAAUGCUCAGACUGCGGCAAAACUUUCAGUGUUAGUUCCCAGCUUAGCGUACAUCAGAGGACCCACACAGGAGAGAAGCCAUACAAAUGCUUGGACUGUGGGAAAAGCUUCAGUGUGAGAUCGAGCCUCAGUGCCCACCAAAGAAUCCACACGGGUGAGAAACCUUAUAAAUGUACAGACUGUCCGAAGAGCGUCUACUUGAGAUCUAGCCUCAAUGCACACAAAAGAAUCCAUGGAGGGAAAAAGCCGUAUGACUGUGCAGAUUGCGGGAAGAGCUUCACUUGCAGUUCAAAUCUCAUUAGACACCAGAGGAUCCAUACGGGUGAGAAGCCGUACAACUGCACAGACUGUGGGAAAAGCUUCACGUUAAGUUCAAACCUUAUUGCCCAUCAGAGAACUCAUACAGGAGAGAAGCCAUACCAGUGCUCGGACUGUGGCAAAUUCUUCAGUGUGAGUUCUCAGCUCAAUGUGCACCAGAGAAUCCACACAGGAGAAAAGCCCUAUGGAUGUUUGAACUGUGGCAAAAGCUUCACUUGUAGUUCGGGCCUUAUUAGACAUCAGAGAACUCACACAGGGGAGAAACCUUAUCAAUGCUCGGACUGUGGGAAAAGAUUCAACCUGAGUUCAAAUCUCAUUACACACCAGAAAACGCAUAGAGGAGAAAAACCAUACAAAUGUGUGUACUGUGGGGAAAGUUUCUAUACGAGACCAAAUUUUGUUGAGCAUCAUAAAGCCAGCCACAUGGAUGCUCUAAACAUGAAAACAGGGGACAGCAACAUUAAGCAGAACUCCCAGUCUAUUAACUACCAAAUAAAUUAUGUAGGAUGGGAUUGAUCAUUGGAUCGAGGAAUGCAUGAUCCUGCAGAAACUUCUUGCACACUACCCCCUUUGAAUGUUCAAACAUUUAUAUCUUGUCUUUUGAUACAGUGUCCCCAAGGUGGCUUACAGUAAAUAAAAUAUAGAAUAAAUUU